CGUCCCACGUGGUGUCCUCAGCACCUCUCAUAACUAGACAGUCGCCCUCCUGAGCAACAUGCAACUCUCGCUGCUGGUGGUGCUGUUGGUGCCCAUUUGGGGACACGAGGCCGCCUCCGUCCCUGACUUCCUCAAGUAUAUCGCCGACCAGAAGUACAGCCCCGAACUGGGGUUGUUGGCCCCCGGCUCCUGGCACCCCACGGCCCUCUCCGUCGCACCAUUUAACCUCAUCUCAAAUUUGCAGACUCUUUCAAUGAAGUUCCUUGUUCCAAACGACGAGUGGAGCUUGAAAGAGCGGCGCGGGUGCACCCUGGUCUUCAGCCUCGUCCGAGGUUCGGCCAACGUGACGGUGACCGUAACCGGCGGGGGCACCGAGCAGCCAUGGCAGCUGAGCAAGCGGGUCACUUGGGCCCACGAUGAGUUCCUCCUGUUCAACCUGACUGAGAACGUCGACCCGCGCCACCAGAAGACGCUGACCCUGAGUCUGAAGGCCUGGAACGACGAAGGCCAUCCCGUUGCCCCUGCCGACGCCGUCGUCAUCGAGGGCCUUGCACGCGGGCCCCUCCUCCUCAUCACUGAACUGGCAAAAGGAGUGACCAGACUUCCAACUCGGCCCCGUCGGGUGCCACCACACAGGGAGACAAUUACGCGCCACGAAAUGCCCGGUUGCCAACUGGAGGACUGGGGGGUGACGGCCAGGCAACUUGGUUGGAACAACCUUGUGUACCCGACCAACGUGAGCCUCAACCUGUGCGUGGGUCAGUGUCCGCGGCCGAUCCUGCACCCUGCCCUGAAGCCGUCGAGCCACGCGUUGGCCCGCAACCUGUUCAAGUCACGCAACUCGCGCGAAUCAUUCCACCACCCCGACGUGCAGUGCGUCCCUAUCAGCUUCAACGUCAUGCAACUCAUCCUGGAAGUCGACGAGGGCGUCUACUCGGUCGUGGCCAGUAGAGAUCUUUCCGCCGGCGACUGCGGAUGCCGCUGACGUUUCAACCCGAGAACACGAAAAAUUAUUAUUUCGCUUUUGAUUUCUGGCACAUUCGCAAAUUUUCAAUUUGAGAAUUUGAGCUUUUCAAAGAUAUUUUGCAUCAUAAUUUUGUCACCUAAUUAAAAAGUAAAAUAACUGCUUGUCUAGAUUCUGAUCUUUCCGAAUUUGAGACACUUCGAUUUCUGAUUCACCCUAUUUUACUAAAAAUACAUAAUAAUUAUGCUAGUGUGUUAUUUGUAGUGUGUACGAAAGGAAAUAUAAACAUCAGUAGGGCAUUUAUAUACUUUAUAGAUAUAAUUCUGUGUUAAUUAAGACAUUUUUAAUUCAGGUCAGAAUAUAAGGAUUUUAUAUUAAUAUUAUGUUUAAGCCACAAAUUUGAAAACAAAAAAAUGGAAAUUUUUCAAUAUUUGUUUGGCAAUUGAAAUUUUUCAAAGCAACCUAACUUGAAUCUCAUUUUGAGUUUACAACUUAAUUUGAUUAAUAAAUGUUUGUUUGUAUUGGUAUUAAUAAAGAUCGUUGAAAUCACCC